UCCGUCACUCACAUAAAACCCUUUGUCUCCGCGCUCUGAACUCUCAGUGUCCACAUCAGUGUCCACAUCAGUGUCCACACGCAGCAUCUCACCUACAGUUUUCAUUUUAAUCGUCGAUUCCUGACAGAUUUCUGUUACGGAUUUCACAAUGACAGACAAGGUGCUCCCAAUCCGAUGCCUCCUCGUGCGAAUGUUAAGCCCAAAUCCAAGAUCUCAGCCUCGAGGAAACUCUCGCUGAAGAUCCUUCUCCUGCAGAGGGCGAUGGAGGACUUGGAGCAGGAGAAAGUGACACGUGAUGAGGAGAAGGUUCGUUACCUGGGAGAGAAACUUCCUCCUCUCCAGAUCUCAGGUGUGGCGAUGGACGAGCUGCAGAAACUGUGCCGACAGCUUCAUGGUAAAAUUGAAGUUGUGGAUGAGGAGAGAUACGACAUUGAAGCUAAAGUCAACAAGAACAACAAAGAAAUCCAUGAGUUGAUGCUGAAGGUGCAGGAUCUUGGGGGUAAAUUUAAGAAGCCGGCUCUGAGGAAGGUUCGUGUGUCGGCUGAUGAGAUGAUGAGAGCUUUACUCGGCUCCAAACACAAAGGCUCCAUGGACCUGAGAGCUAACCUGAAGUCUGUCAAGAAGGAGGACAUUAAACAAGAGAAGGUACUGACCUCUGAGGUGGGAGAUUGGCGUAAGAAUGUGGAGGCCAUGUCAGGGAUGGAGGGCAGGAAGAAGAUGUUUGAUGCUGCAGGUGGAGGACAGUGAACAGUGUAUAGGAUUUACUGUAUAGAACAUUGUGUGUGUUUAAAAAUGGAGAAAAACAGAAUGUGAGAAUAAUUUUAACAUCAUUACAUCAUAUAUUGUUACUGUUACAUGCAAUAUUAGUUACAUCGUUGCCCUGGUAACACUGGUGUAUUAGUUACAUCGUUGCCCUGGUAACACUGGUGUAUUAGUUACAUCUUUGCCCUGGUAACACUGGUGUAUUAGUUACAUUGUUGCCCUGGUAACACUGGUGUAUUAGUUACAUCGUUGCCCUGGUAACACUGGUGUAUUAGUUACAUCGUUGCCCUGGUAACACUGGUGUAUUAGUUACAUCGUUGCCCUGGUAACACUGGUGUAUUAGUUACAUCGUUGCCCUGGUAACACUGGUGUAUUAGUUACAUCGUUGCCCUGGUAACACUAGUGUAUUAGUUACAUCGUUGCCAUGGUAACACUGGUGUAUUAGUUACAUCGUUGCCCUGGUAACACUGGUGUAUUAGUUACAUCGUUGCCCUGGUAACACUAGUGUAUUAGUUACAUCGUUGCCAUGGUAACACUGGUGUAUUACAGUAGUUACAUCGUUGCUCUGGUAACACUGGUGUAUUAGUUACAUCGUUGCCCUGGUAACACCAGUGUAUUUGUUACAUCGUUGCCAUGGUAACACUGGUGUAUUACAGUAGUUACAUCGUUGCUCUGGUAACGAUGGUGUAUUAGUUACAUUGUUGCCCUAGUAACACUGGUGUAUUAGUUACAUCGUUGCCCUGGUAACACUGGUGUAUUAGUUACAUCGUUGCCAUGGUAACACUGGUGUAUUAGUGCAACAUACAAUCAGUUACUUCCAUUUUUAUUGCUGGAUUCUCUGCUCAUGUCUAAAUUACAAUCAUUUUUUAAAUGCUAGUUGUGUGUUUGUGUGGAGUUUAUAAUAAAACUGUAAAUCAACUAAAUA